UCGUUUUUCCUGGACGAGAACUUGUCUCAGGAAACCUGGGAACCGGCGCUGUUGUCAUGACAACAUGUAAACCGACGCGGAAAAACAACAUGACGGAGCUGCACGUAAUACAAAGUGCACUUGAAGAAUUUCAAAGGGAAUAUUUCAACAGAAACAGCCAAGCGGAGGAGAACAGACGGAGGGAGCAUCAGGCCGCCACCCAGAUCCAGAGCUGGUUCCGAGGCUGCAAGGUGCGAGCUUACCUCAGCUAUCUGCACAAGAAGGCAAUCAUUAUACAGAAGAUAUGGCGGGGCUUCACAGCAAGGGCACGUUUCAGACAAAUGGUGAAGGCAGCAUAUUUUAUCAUGAAGAUGAAUUUCUACGAGGAGAUGGCGGUCAGGAUCCAGCGCAGAUGGAGAGGCUUCUUUGUGAGGAAGUAUAUUCAUAACUUCUAUGCACGUAAGCGUUACCUGGAAGGACUGUACAGGAAAAAUGAAGUUGUCAGGAGGGAGCUGCGUGAACUUGAGGAACUCCAGAAGAGAGCAAGAGAAAGUCUGGAAAUGGUAAAAGAGCAGAGGGCCAAGGUGAAGCAAGCUCACCACUUACACCACCUCCUCAGUACAAAGCAGUGCCCAGGGAUUUUUAACUCUCCAUUCAGGCCAGACCCCCAUGAGAUGGAGCUACUGCUGAAGCAGGUCAAGUACCAGGCUCCCACCAGACUGGCCUCGAGGGAAGAGGCCUGUGCUUUGGGAAUGCCUGGCCAAGCACCCCCCAGUCUCCCUGGGAGUCCAGGAUCUCCAGGGAUAAAAACUACCAGAACCUCCAACGCCUCCAAGCUUAAACUACCCCCCAUCGCCAGCAGGAAACAGCAGGAUGUGUUCAGAGAGCCUGGGGAAGUGUGGCAACAGCGUGUGCAUUGUCCUGACCUGACGUCGAGGCUGCAGGCCUGUUACGCACAACUGGAGGAAGCCCAGAGUCGUCUGCGACAACACGAGUCUGUGAGACUCCGCAUUGGGGACAAUACCGGGAUACAGCAGAGGGACAAGAUAUGCACUCUACCAGCUGAGCAACAGCAGCGAUGCUUUUACUCCCUGGGUCGACGCCAAGAGCUUCAGAUAGCAGAUUAUACACAAACUCCAAGAGGAGAGGUACUGCCUGGAACCAUGGGAUGGCUAAUUAGGAGGCUACGUGCUAAUCAAGUACUGUACACUACAAUGAGUGGUCACGUCUGUGUCUGUCGACGCUCCGAGCAUUUCCUUCCUUUCACAUUAGACUGACACCUAUCAGCAGUUUCAGAGGCUGGCAUCCGAUCUGCACCAGUACAUAUCUCUGUGUACAGUAUAUAUGCUCGUAUAGAGGCCGACACAACACUCUUUUCCACUCACCAGUCUCCUCCCUACUGUUUGGCCUCCGUAUCUUCAUCAUUGUAUUGUGGGCGUAAAGCUGUGAACCCACACACCUUCACCUUGUGUGUGUUCAUGUUCUGUAUAUGUUUCCACUGUUAUCGCGCCCUUGCAUUAGUGUCCACGUUGCUUCGGUGACAAAGGAAGAGCGCUAAUUCUCCAUAACCAUUUUAUGGCGUGUGUAAAACUCUGCAGCCCCUUCAUUUGCACAGCUGUAAAACAUCGCCCCUGCCACACUCCUUCUUACUCAGGACCUCAGAUUUAUCAAUUAACCCAAGACUUCGUUUCCAUUACGAUGGAUUUCUGUACAGUGAGGACUGCAUACAGAGUAACGAUGGAGGCUGAGUGCACACAGCGCGAUAUUAAAUGAAUGGAAAGGUUCAAUUAAAUGAUUAGCAAUAAUAUUUCGAUGUGACUUAAGAGAUUGAAUGACAUUAGAAUUUAUUAUUUAUGUUCAAAGCUGCUUUGACUAGAUCAACUCAGGUCACUUGAGGCCAAUUUUUGCUCUUAAUUGUAUGAAUUUGUGUUAACCUCCUGUUUGAAAGUAAUAAAUAAACUGGCAAUUUAUCAUUGCAAAUAUUCACAUCUUCAGGGUUGAGUAGGUUGUAGUUGUAGAUAAACGUUAGGGUGAGUCUUUUUACACCAAGUGUGAACAGAAUCAAUGAAAUAAAAAAGCUCAACAAGGUUCGGUGAUUUAAUAAGCAGAACAUUUAAAUUGUGAUGUUAUAUAUUAUAAGACAUUUCAUCUGAAUAAGUUUUCCAAAACAGUAAGAUCAAACAAUUCUACUGUAUAAAGUGCUCUGUCAUCCCUUAUUCAAAGUGAAGUGAUAUUUAGAGGCUGGAGUUUCCCUUCAUGUGAACUUGGACAUAGGAGGAAACAGUCAGACAAGCAGGAUAAGGAUGUGUGUGCUUAAUGGUCUGCCUGUCCCUGCCCGGCUAUGCUCCACUGAACCAUACUGUAUGUAUUGUGGUAAAAUCACUUCCCACCUCCAUCUCCUGCCAUCGCUCCUUCUUUUCCUUUCCCGUCUUGUUUGUUUGCUCUCUCUUCAUCUACAGUGCUUAGCGGAACUCCCCAUCUCCACUUCCUGCCAACCAUAACACACCAAGCCCACGCUACUCAACGAACAUGACAACCCUCUCAUCUGGCGGAGCUGGUGAUAGAAGUCAAAACUGGCUGUUAAAUGCAAAUGGAUGUGAUGAAGCUACUGUUACACAGGAACAAUGGCUACAGGAGAGAGAGAACACGUGGACUUGUACUUAGCUACUAGAAAAAGCUAUAGGAGGAUAGCACUUUAUGAUCAUGUGCCACUGUGUGAGAACCUGGCCUGUGUGUGUGUGUGCGCAUCUCUACCUUUGCCAUCAGAUGCUGUGUGUGUGUCUUAUAGUCCUAGCCAGCGCAGGGAGCACCAGAGCGGUGGAAGGAGGUGGGGGUGGCAGAGGAAUCUGGAAAGGGAAGCAAUCACAAACACUUAAACCUGCAAAUGGCCUUGAUGUCCUGUGCUAAGCAGCUUGUGUUGACUGAUGAGCCUGUUAACCCUGGCUGAAACAACUCCAGCAGAGGGGAUUAGACAGCACCGCUGGUCCUGCCUGGUCCUGGCUGCUCCCGCUCCAUUUUGCAUGGGAAUUGUGCAUAUUUAAUCUAAAGCGUGCCGAGGUGCAAAGGCAGCCCCCCCUCCACAUUUCUCAUUAUAGAUGUGUAAUAGCGCCCCGAGGCUGGGGGCCUUAAUUCACCAUCCCCAGCCCCAAUCUUAAUCUUAGCCUGCGACUCAGCCCCCACCCUCCCUUAGAACCUGCCAUCAACUCAAAUCAAAGUCCUAGUCUCAACCCUCAUCCUGAGCUUUUCCUCUUAUGUCCCAGCUCACUGGAUGACUUAAAGGGAGCGGUGUACUUUACUAGAAGCUGCAACUGGAAACAGGUUGUGUCCUGGGUGUGUGUCUUUUUGCAACAGCGACCAGUCACUGCCAACUGGAGCUUAUUCCUCCUUUUUCUAUUUGUUGCAUUAGUUGUGAUUCUGCAUUCAUUUCCUGAUUAACGCGAUUGAGUGUCAAUGACGAGAGUUCUCUGAAGCAUCUAUCUAAUUAUAUCUAUCACUCUAUCACUUUCCUUUCAUCCUCUUCUAAUCCAGCCAAGACUUUUCUCUGCAGGACAGAACAAUUAAUGUCUUCAUGUUGUAGCGCUCUCUUAUUCUUAUCGUUUCUGUUUCCAUCAAGCAUCCAUCGUAUUCCUACCUUAAGAGGGAAAAGCACAAGGCGAGUCAAUGUUUGCGUGUAUGUAAGACCCCAUGCUGAGUGCGUAAUUUCUUGUUUGUACAUGGAUCCAAACAUCUUUGGCCACUGCAGAGCAGGACAGAGACGCGUACGCAGACAGAGAGGUUGAACAAGACAAGAAGAGACUGAGAGAAAAGGGAAGAGAGGGGGUAGAGGGGAAAACAGGAUGAUAACAAAAGCAGCUCGGAUUUCACAGACGCAUAUUUCAUCAAUCAUGUGAAUAAGUCGUGGUGAUUAUGCAUGGCGGUGGCAGGGCGAGGGGAUGCUGAUUACCAUACACCAUAAAGGCUGCUUUCUUAUCUCACACACACUGAUUAGUUUCUGUCUGCAGAUAGCCUCUCACACUCCUGUCUCUCUCUCUCUCUCACACACACAGUCAUGGUGUGUCUGCGUGCACACAAAUACCAGCAUACAGAUGCAAACAAGCAAACACAGACAUGCACAAAACUCCAGGUAAAUGGGAUGUACCUGGUGGCAGUGGGCUCACUCCAACACUGCUACCUUGAAGAAAGAUAGAUGAGCUUAAUCGAUCGAUGAAUCUGAUGUUUAACAGACCAGACUUUUCACAGAGAGCAGGAAUUACAUUCCAUGACUUGACACACAGGUCAUGGAAGGCAUGCUCAACCAGUGUCGACUGUUUGUGUAGUGCCCACUUCUUCAGAACCAUGUCCAGGGUCUCAGGUGUUAGAUCUGCUUUGUACCCAUCUCUGUAUCAGGACUGGAACUGGAUUUGGUUCUGAAUGGUGCAUAUGACAGCCAAGCAGCAGGACGCUGGUAUUUGUUCCAUGUGCGACUACAAAGCUUCAAACAGAUAAAGACAGGCUGCUUUUUUCUUGAACCCUUCAAUGUUCUACAACAGGCCUGUAACAUCUCUGCACCUGAAAUCUCUGGAUGCUGGGGUAGUAAUGUACUGAGGUUGGGUUCCUCUAAUACAGGAAAGAAAAAAGUAAGAAAGUAAGAAAGAAAGAAAGAAAGAAAGAAAGAAAGAAAGAAAGAAAGAAAGAAAGAAAGAAAGAAAGAAAGAAAGAAAGAAAGAAAGAAAGAAAGAAAGAAAGAAAGAAAGAAAGAAAGA